CAACUCAGCCACACAGCGUUUCGCUAAUUGCUGCAGUUCGUCACAGUGACCACUGGAGGGCGCCCUCUGGCUGAGUCCAACUUCGUUUGCAUAUCAAUUAGUAGAAAAGGGAGUGGCCAGUAAACCUUUCAUAACCGAGAGCAGAUAAAUACUCGUUUCAGACCAAGCUGGAAAGACACCGCCUGGUAAUGCUGAGAAAACUGCAAUCUGCCACAAUGAUGUAUCUUACAGCACUGGUUGGCUUCCUGCUGGUUCUCACAACCGAGGCCAGAGUUGGAAACUCCUCUCAGUUGGAGUUCUGCACUGAGACGGAGGAGUGCCUGCUGUUUGACCUGAUGUGUGAGACGGACAAAUACGAGGUUCGUCACUAUGGCUCUGUGAAAUGGGUUUCAACAGACAUCAAUUCUUACGCCAUGGAAUUCGCUGCACCGAGGGCUUUUAUGAGGCUCUUUAAAUACAUCAAGGGAGAAAACGAGGGUGGAAAGAAAAUCCAAAUGACUUCUCCUGUCCUUGUGAAAAUUCCUGAGAAGAAAUUUUGGGAAAGAGGAGCGUUCACCAUGAGUUUCUUGCUGCCAUCUGAACAUCAGAUGAAUCCUCCCAAACCUGCAAAUGAUGACGUUUACAUCAAGGAGAUGCCAGAAAUGAACGUGUACGUGAUGAGCUAUGGUGGAUGGAUGUCGGGAAUGGCCGACGGCAGCAAAUCCAAGGAGCUGGCCUCUGCACUGGACUCUGUUAAUGCAAAAUACACUAAAGGAUUCCACUGCGCUGCUGGAUAUAACAGUCCAAUGACCAUGUUCAACAGACACAACGAGGUGUGGUACGCUGUUGAAGGAGACCCUGUGUGCCCCAGCAACUAAGCACCUGGUCCCGUCUCUCCUCUCGCUUGGAAAUCGUGACCCUGUGCAGCAGCAGUUUACUGCAUUCCACACAUAUGGAAAUGUGUUGUAGUAGAACAGAUAACUUUAGAUGCAUAUGAAUACAUUUUCACUCUUUUUUUUCUAAAUUCAAUAAAGUUACCUUUUCGCAA